AACGUCACAUCAAAUUUUCAAAACAUUCGUGAAUUAUUCGCGUGAAGUGGUUGCCGCUGGAUAGGGAUAAUUAAUGUUAUAAUUGUGCGAUUUUUCAAUAUAAUUACAAAACUAAGUUAAGUGCAUUGAGAGUUAUAAGGUAUAAACACAAUGGCGCAAGCACUGCCCAGUCCAAACACAUUGCUACCACUCGAACUUGUAGACAAAUGUAUUGGAUCGCGCAUACACAUAAUUAUGAAAAACGACAAAGAAAUGGUGGGAACACUGCAAGGUUUCGACGAUUUCGUCAAUAUGUUGUUAGACGAUGUGACGGAAUACGAAUCAACGCCUGAAGGGAGGAAGAUCACAAAAUUGGAUCAAAUAUUGUUAAAUGGUAACAAUAUAGCUAUGUUGGUGCCUGGCGGCGAAAUGCCGGGCGAUGCGUACGAUGGACAUUGAUACAAGUAUAGGAAAAAUAAAGUUAAUUAUAAGUGUA